GGAACUAGCGCCCAAAGGAAUCAGCGAGUCUCUGGACACCUUUUCAGCAGCAGCAUCUCACAAUACCCUGCUCACCUGAAUUACGUUUGCUUCAUGGCAGCCAUAGACGUUCCCCUUGUAGACGCCGAAAAUAGUGUCAAUGAGCUCACGCUGAAGGAAGCCGAUGACAGCAUAUUGAAUUGCCUGGAGAGAAUCGAGCGAAACGCUGGCGUUCGUGGUGGAAAGGAGACCUUGCGUCGCGCAUUGUUUGCACUAGAUCCGGUCGUUCGGCACUUUGGACUUUCCUCAGAUUCCCUUAUACAAAUGCUGGAUAUCAUAUUGCUGGCAAAGAUUGACGAUGCAACGACCAGGAAGAUGAUCAAGCUGCUGCUACCCCGCCAACAUGUACCGGAGAUGUGCGCCAUCAAAAUUCUAGGUCGUCUCGGAAAGGAUCUCAGUAUUUCAAUCCAGGCCGCUCUACUUCGAUGGGUAGUUAUUGUCUACGAUAUCUUUGACAGUCGGACAAAACUUCAUCAGCUCUACGGCGUGAUAUUUCAUUACUUGCAUUAUGAAACCUUGAGAACACCGCUUUGCCAUCUUCUGUAUUACCUGACACAGCGGGAGGAUGUCAAACCGUUCCGAAUUCGGAAACUAAUGGAGUUGCAGACCACAGUCGGCAAGGAGCCAGCACUCACAGGACUUCUUCACAUAUACAAAUCAUAUUUCCCAGACCUCAUAUUGGCACCAUUGGAAAUGUCCAAUUCGACCAUCUUCAAGUGCCCGGACCAAGCCCUGUUGGAACAAAUCUUGGCAACGCAGGACAAAUGGGCCCAUCUUAGCGACAAUCAGACACACGAAAUAUCUCUCAGCGGAUCCAAACAACCCAUCGCGAGGAGCGGAGUAAAAAGACAAAAGGUCUCUCACGUUCCCGAUGUGUUUUCGAUAUACCAGAAAGGAGGCGAUAGCAAGACGUUACCCCUAUCACAAAUUACAUCACUCGACUCGCUUGUACGGCAUAUCGACACGCUCACCCUUCCGGAUCAACUCUCGUCCGUGCUUUCAAGUCGACUGCUUCAGCAUGUCCUUUGCCUACAAACCUCACAUUCAGUGGUGGAGCGUAUCAGUUACUGGCUGGGUCAGGAGCUCAUGGAUCUAUGGUACUGGCGAGAGAAAACAGAUGCCGUACGCACGCGGUUCAGCACCAUAUUAUCCAAAGUAGUUGAAGUCACUGUUAUGAUUAAGGACCUCCUUCCUGUCAUGGAGCACUUUUUGAUCCCCUAUCUCAGAGUCUGGAAUGGUAUCGAUCAUCAGAAGCAAAUCCUUGCGCUUCUGACAUACCUGAGACCUCGCAGUUACGAAGAGCUGUUUGUACAUUUUCUCAAGCCCCUGUACAGUCUCUUCUACCUCAUGGGGCCUGUCUGGAAGGGUGAGCUCAUACUAUGCUACACAAGGCUGCUACAGCGCUGGGCUCAGUUCAAAUGGAGAGAUUAUCUCGAACUGGGUAAAGACCCUCGGCUUUCAGAAAAGGGUCUGAGCGGAUUACGGCGCUUGUUCUCCACACUAGCGCCUGAUGUAGACUACAUGCAAACGUUUCAUGCGUUCAUUGGCCACGUGGAUAGCAUCUCGAGUGUCGGUCUGGAGAUGGAGCGCGACCACAUCGCUGUUCAGCACGCAAUUCUCUCAUUUUUCGACCUCGCCUCGACACUUACAGGGACAUACAAGGUGCCUUUAGCUGUAGUCGUCCCUGAUUCGACCAUCGUUUAUCGGUGCUUCCUAUCAGAUUCCGGCAUGUCAAUAUCCCGCAUCUGUGGAAUCGUCUACCAAUAUAAACAGGCAUUCGAAGCAUUUGAACAGGAACAGGAGCUUCAGUACGAGCUUUUAGUCCAAUCACAGCUGUCCCAGCAAGGUGCUACAGGAGAUGGCCCAGGAAAGCAGGCGGAGUUGCCAGAACCUAUUCUGGUACCAGGAUAUAGCCGAGAAUAUGUGAUCCUGUUCAACAGUUUCGUCAUGGAUAUUUGCAAUUUUUUGUGGAGGAAUCGAGCCUUCAACAAGACUGAUAAAAAUUCUCGAGGAUUUCUGAUAGACCAGGGAACAAUCGGGCAUACUAAACAAGCAUGCAUGGAGGGUGGAUUGAGCAUGAGCAACAUGUUUUCAUUGACGCAUUCAAUUGCUUUUUCAGGUUAUUCUGCAAGGUUUUUAAGGAGUCUUGAAGAUCGAGAGAAUGUCCCAGAGGAGAAGUAUCUGAGGGCACCUGCAUCUUCGCCUGCCCUGAAGGAUAUGAUGGCCAAAGGAGGAUUAGAUAUGACAUUUGACGAUUACCGGCUCCAAUAUCUGGAACACCUCGAGAAGAGAGGGUUUGAAGGCAUUUCACAAUUCUUAUUCGACUGCAUCACCAAUUUGCUACAGCGAAAAUUGCAGAGCCAAGAGCGACAGCGUGAACUGAAGGAGAAGCAGCUAUCUCAGUCGAUGCAGAAUAUAAGCAUUCCAGACCAUGGCCAAUAAACUUCGACAUGAGACCUAAGAGUGUGUAAUUGACGCGGCUAUGCAUCGUCCCUGGCAUUUUGCAUUGGUGCCUUGCGCCUUCCAUUAUUAAUACACCUGCUGUCAAGGAGCCAGCGCGAAUUCCCAGUUGUAAUGGUUUAUAACGCCAUGGGAUGGUGGCGAUAGAUCAAGGGCAAUAUUAGGUGCUUCUGGCGCAUAAACCAAUACUAAGGCGCCGCCCAAAUAUUAGUACCUCAUCCUGCACGACAAUUAAACUGAGAUGCUCGCAAUGCUGAAUAAAAAUAGC